AUGUUAUGUAAGGAAGCCACCAACAAGAGCAAGGAAAAGGAGCCAGGGAUAGCUCUUCCUCAGGGACACUUGGGAAUGUGGCUAUAGAAUUUCAGGGAUGUGGCUAUAGAAUUCUCAGUGGAGGAGUGGAAAUGCCUGAACCCUAUGCAGAGGGCUUUAUACAGGGAAGUGAUGUUGGAGAACUACAGGAACCUGGAGUCUGUGGGUAGCUCUUUAAAAUCCAUGAUGGAGUUCUCAUCAACAGGGCAAGGCAAUACAGAAGUGUUCCACACAGGGACUUUGGAAAGACAUGAAAAUGAUCACAUUGGAGAUUUUUGCUUCCCAGAAAUUGAGAAAGAUAUGCAUGACUUUCAGUUUCAGUGGCAAGAAAUUGAAAGAAAUGGCCAUGAAGCACCCAUGACAGAAAUCAAAGAGUUAACUGGUAGUACAGACCGACAUAAUCAAAGUCAUGCUAGAAACAAGCCUAUUAAAGACCAGCUUGGAUUAAGCUUUCAUUUGCAUCUGCCUGAACUGCACAUAUUUCAGACUGAAUGGAAAAUUGGUAAUCAAGUGGACCUGUCUAUCAAUGAUGCUUCCUCAGCUUCAACAUCCCAAAUAAUUUCUUGUAGGCUCAAAACCCAUAUUUCUAAUAAGUAUGGGAAGAAUUUCCUCCAUUCUUCAUUAUUCACACAUACAGGAAGUACACAUGAGAGAAAAACCUUUCCAAUGUAA